CAGACACACACACACAGACACAGACACACACACACACACACAGACACACAGACACAGACACACACACAGACACACACACACACACAGACACACACACACACAGACACGUACGCGCGCGCUGGGGGAGAUUCGUGCGUGAGGAUAAAUUGCGACACUGAAAAUGGAGUCAAUAAAUCGGGGCCAGUGGCGCAUUAAUGGAGUGUGUGUGUGAGAGUGUGUGUGUGUUGGGGGAGGGGAGGGGCGGGUCCUCUCUCUAUUCCCUCUCAGUCGUCGAGCUCCUCUUCUUCCCACGUUUCCCUCCAGGAGCGACGGACGCGUCGAUCGGACUUUUCCACUUUUCAGACUCCGGACACCUGAACGCACCUGGGGUCAGAGGUCAGGGGUCGAGUCGGGCUGCAGGUCACUCACGUCGAGAGAAGAAAGAAAGAAAAGGAAGAUUCGUCGAGUCCGGUCGCAGGAGGAGAGGGUCGGUGUCCCGGGACGAGCUGCGAUCGAACUGUCGAUUGUUCCUCUUGUUCCCCACGAGGAGCGGGACCCAGCUGACCAGUGAUUGGUCCACGUGACGUCAUGUCUUCGUCCCCUCGCCGCUGCGUCCUGCUGCUGAUGUCCGGCCUCCUGCUGCUGCAGCUUCCUGCGGCUCGGCCCCGACCGACCGCCGACGACCCGGACGCAGCCGACGCAGUGAAAUCGUCCGAAGACGAAGAAGACGACGAGUCGUCGUCAGAGGAGAACAAACUCUCUGACGAGCUGUCGACGAGCAACGAGAAGCUCCAGCCGCUGCCGCCUCAGUGGGUGACGCCGGACAAGAUGGAGAAGCAGCUCCACGCCGUCCCCGCCAGUCGCACCGUGAAGUUCCGGUGCCAGGCGACGGGGAACCCCGUUCCCUCGCUGCGCUGGUACAAGAACGGGAGGGAGUUCAGGAAAGACCAGAGGAUCGGAGGCUUCAAGAUCCGAGACCACAUGUGGACCCUCAUCAUGGAGUCGGUGGUUCCGUCGGAUAAGGGAAACUACACGUGUGUGGUGGAGAACGAGUACGGGAGCCUCACACACACCUACCUGCUGGACGUGGUCGAGCGCUCUCCUCACAGGCCGAUCCUGCAGGCCGGGCUGCCGGCCAACCAGACCGCCGUGGUCGGGAACGACGUGGACUUCGUGUGUCACGUGUUCAGCGACCCGCAGCCUCACAUCCAGUGGCUCAAACACAUCACGGUCAACGGCAGCAGGGAGGGGCCGGACGGACACCCCUUCGUCCUCGUCCUCAAGACGGCAGGUCUGAACACGACGGACAAAGAGAUGGAGGUUCUGACUCUGAGGAACGUCACGCUGGACGACACUGGCGAGUACACGUGUCUGGCAGGAAACUCCAUCGGCGUCUCUCACCACUCGGCGUGGCUCACGGUCGUGAACGACCUGCCCCCCUCCCCCCUGCCCUCUCAGACCUACCUGGAGAUCUUCAUCUACUGCCUCGGGUUCUUCAUCAUCAUCAUCCUCACCGCCACGGCCGUCAUCUGCCGACUCUGCUGCUCCCCGAAGAAGAGCGACUUCAGCGGACAGCUCGCCGUCCAGAAAUUAGCCAAGAGCAUUCCUCUGAGGAGACAGGUGUCGGUCGAGUCCUCGUCCUCUCUGCAGUCCGGCAUGUGCCUGAUGCGUCAGUCUCGUCUCUCCAGCGCGGCCACCACCAUCCUGGCCGGAGUGUCGGAGUACGAGCUUCCCUACGACCCUGUGUGGGAGCUACCUCGAGAUCGACUGACGCUGGGGAAGCCUCUGGGCGAAGGCUGCUUCGGUCAGGUGGUUCUGGCCGAGGCUGUCGGACUCGACAAGAACAAACCGACGCGUCUCAACAAGGUCGCUGUGAAGAUGCUGAAAGCCGACGCCACGGAGAAGGAUCUGUCCGACCUGAUCUCUGAAAUGGAAAUGAUGAAGAUGAUCGGAAAACACAAGAACAUCAUCAACUUGCUGGGAGCCUGCACGCAGGACGGUCCUCUGUACGUGGUGGUGGAAUAUGCCUCGCAGGGGAAUCUGAGGGAGUUCCUCCGCGCUCGGCGACCGGCCGGCCUGGAAUACUGGAGCGACACGCGGCUGACUCCUCUGGAUAGCCUGGAGAUCAGGGAGCUGGUGUCCGCCGCCUACCAGGUGGCCAGGGGAAUGGCGUACCUGGCGUCUAAGAAGUGUAUCCACAGAGACCUGGCGGCCAGAAACGUGCUGGUCACCGAGGACAACGUGAUGAAGAUCGCCGACUUCGGUCUGGCUCGAGACGUCCACCACAUCGACUACUACAAGAAGACCACGAACGGUCGUCUGCCGGUGAAGUGGAUGGCACCGGAGGCUUUGUUCGACCGCAUCUACACACACCAGAGUGACGUGUGGUCCUUCGGUGUGUUGCUGUGGGAGAUCUUCACCCUCGGCGGGUCUCCGUACCCCGGGGUCCCGGUGGAGGAGCUGUUCAAGCUGCUGAAGGAGGGACAUCGCAUGGAGAAGCCCCCGGCCUGCACCCAGGAGCUGUACCUGAUGAUGAGAGACUGUUGGAACGCUGUCCCGUCUCGCAGGCCCACGUUCCAACAGCUGGUAGAAGAUUUAGAUCGAACACUUUCUCUCAUGGCGAACCAGGAAUACCUGGACUUGGCCGCCCCCCUGGUCCAGUACUCGGUGGUCUGCCACUCGGCUUCGCCUCAUUCCCAUAACUCCACAUAGUCGCCAUGGGAACGUUUUCCCUUUUCCUGCAUCACCUUCCUCCCCGUUUCCUCUGCUGUGGCCGGCGCCGCCGGUGCCGGCGUCGGCACAAGUCCCCGACGAAGCUGGUCGGGAGGAGGAGGAGCUCACACACGAGCCGCUUCGCCUGAUGUGAAGAACAGCUGGACGGAGCAGGACCGCGAGAUUCCCCCCGACGAGGCCUCAGGAAGAGUUCAGCCUCCAACUGACGACGGACAGAGCUGGUCCCUGUUCCGCACAUCGCUGCUCUGCUCUAAUAAUAAUGUUCAGUGUGAAUAUUGUAAAUAAUAGUUUGUUUUAUAUGGACGACCAAACUGGAUUUAUCAGAGAAACAUAUGGAGCCCGACCGGUACGGAGUUCUGGUGCCAUCACUGGUCACGAUAUCAGCAGAUAUGCUUUUUUUUUUAAAUGAAUUCCUCAGAUGUCGAUAUCAAACCCAAAGAAAGGAAAUAUAACAGAGACUUGAUAUUUUACAGUUUAACCAUAAACUUUAUUAUAAAUAACUAUAAAUAGAAACUAAUCACAAAUAUAUAGAGCUUGAAUGUAGAAAACAAACACAUUUGUUUACGUUAAAUAUAAACAUAAAUGCAUCUUUUCUGCUUUAUUCUGUAAUAGAAAAGUUUUCAUAUCGACAUGAAAUGUCUGAACGGCUCAUAUCGAUAACUCGGUCGGGCUCUAGAAAUAUGACAUGAACGAUAUAAUAAAAAGGGAAAAAUAGAUUCUAAAAACAAACAAAUGAAUAAAAUUCAAAAUUACUCAUAAAUAAAUCUAUAAGUCAAAAAUAAAAGCCCCUCGUUUCCCUCUGGGAUUAAAUUAUUGCUUUUUAUUAUUUAUAGAUUUAUUUUCUUGUGCAUUUUAUUCAUGAAGGUUUUUUUUUCUCAGUGUAUUUUCUACAUUUGUUCUGUUACCAAAGAUGACGCCAGUGUUACAGCUGAACGUUGCACUUCUCCUCCAGCUGCAGUUACACAGAUACUGAAUGUGUAUAAUAAGUUGAUUAACAGUAUUAAAAUCCUUCAAGUUUUGACUUUGGGUUGA